CCGACUUCACCUCCAACCCAAUCCUCCCCUCCUCAUUCCCAUCCCGAGGCCUCCUCCUCCCAGAUCUCUUCUCUCCCAACUUCUCCUCCGCCACUCGCUCGCCUCCACCUCCACCUCCACCUCCACCUCCGCCGCCAUGGACUCCGUGGCCUCCUGGGGCCUCGCGCCGCUCGACGCCGUCGACCCGGAGAUCCACGACCUGAUCGAGCACGAGAAGCGCCGGCAGUGCCGCGGCAUCGAGCUCAUCGCCUCCGAGAACUUCACUUCCUUCGCCGUCAUUGAGGCCCUCGGUAGCCCUCUCACCAACAAGUACUCCGAGGGCAUGCCCGGCAACCGAUACUAUGGCGGCAACGAGUUCAUCGACGAGAUCGAGAACCUCUGCCGCGCCCGCGCCCUCACCGCUUUCCGCCUCGACCCAGCCCGCUGGGGCGUCAACGUCCAGCCGUACUCAGGCAGCCCCGCCAACUUCGCCGCCUACACCGCCGUCCUCAACCCCCACGACCGCAUCAUGGGCCUUGACCUCCCCUCCGGAGGCCACCUCACCCACGGCUACUACACCUCCGGUGGCAGGAAGAUCUCCGCCACCUCCAUCUACUUUGAGAGCUUGCCUUACAAGGUUAGCCCCGUCACCGGCUACAUCGACUAUGAUAAGCUUGAGGAGAAGGCCCUCGACUUCCGCCCCAAGCUCAUCAUCUGCGGUGGGAGCGCCUACCCGAGAGACUGGGACUAUGCCCGGCUCCGGUCCAUUGCUGACAAGUGCGGCGCCCUCCUGCUCUGCGACAUGGCUCACAUUAGUGGCCUCGUUGCCGCUCAGGAAGCUGCAGACCCAUUUGAAUUCUGUGAUGUGGUCACGACCACCACUCACAAGAGUCUUAGAGGGCCAAGGUCUGGCAUGAUCUUCUACAGGAAGGGCCCUAAGCCUCCCAAGAAGGGCCAGCCAGAAGGUGCAGUAUAUGAUUUUGAAGAUAAGAUCAACUUUGCAGUGUUUCCAUCCCUCCAGGGUGGUCCUCACAAUCACCAAAUUGCUGCUUUGGCUGUGGCCCUGAAACAGACCAUGUCACCUGGGUUCAAGGCCUAUGCCAAGCAGGUCAAGGCCAAUGCUGUUGCUCUUGGAAACUAUCUGAUGAACAAGGGCUACAAGAUCGUGACUGAUGGGACUGAGAACCACCUUGUCCUCUGGGAUCUCCGACCUCUUGGCUUAACUGGAAACAAGGUCGAGAAGCUUUGCGACCUUUGCAACAUUACAGUGAAUAAAAAUGCUGUGUUCGGGGAUAGCAGUGCAUUGUCUCCUGGUGGUGUUCGAAUUGGUACUCCUGCCAUGACUUCAAGGGGUCUGGUUGAGAAGGACUUUGAGCAGAUUGCGGAGUUCCUUCACCAGGCCGUGACCAUUUGCUUGAGCAUUCAGAAAGAGCACGGGAAGCUUCUGAAGGACUUCAACAAGGGUUUAGCGAACAACAAAGAUAUCGAGGACCUCAAAGCAGAGGUUGAGAAGUUUGCAUCUUCCUUUGAAAUGCCUGGUUUUCAAAUGUCUGCGAUGAAGUACAAUGAUUAGGCCUAACAUCAUGAUUGGCACGAUGCUCUGUGCACAUUACAUCGUGCUUUUUUGUUGCGCCAAAUUUGCUUGUUUGUCUUGACGUUACUUCAGCGACUUUUUCUUUUUUAUUGUGUUUUUCUAUUUCUUUUUGGCCCUUUAGAUGUGCCUAUGGAAAAACAACAUAUUUGUUCAACUGCUGGAAGGUAGGUACCUUUUGCUGCAAAGCAUGAGGCACUGAAAACAUAUGAGAGUUGUUUUAUUGAAAUUGCUGUUUAGUGAUUUCUAAGGGGUUCCUGGAAAUAUCGAUCUACUGGAUCUACUACUGAUAUCAUAUAUUAUGCUGUUGUGAUUAUGAAUUAUUAAUGUUGAUCGGUUAUUCA